CACUGCGACUUCAUUUCACCCGGUCAAGUGGAAUCAGAUACUGCAUUUAUUCUGACAAGAACAAUGCAUCUGAGCUCAUCUUAUGUAUCUUUUAUUAUGUUCUUUAUGUGCAUACUGCAGAACAAAGGCUCAUGAGAACAAAACACUCCUCGAAGAUUAUUUCCUGUGUGAACACAUUUGUUAGUUUUAGUUUUACUUUUCCUGUAACCUGAUGUAGUUCCUCAUGUUUUACCACCCUGGAAACCCCACGAUUACACACAUGAUCGUUUGACCGGUUUAAUAGUAAAUGCUCUCUAUUCUUUUGUUGGAAGCUCAGCUGGGAUCACGUAGCAGAGAAACAAGGGGGGAACCAAGACCUGUAACGGAUUACAAAAAUCAAACAGCUGUGAUAACAACUGCUGCUACUUUUUGUACUGCUGCAAACAUGGAUGAAGAGACACCACUGCUGAACAGAAGAGCAACGUCAUCUGGUUUCAAGAUUAAUAACUCCAGACUGUUCCUGGCCGUGUUCUCAGCAGUUCUGGGGAACUUCAAUUUUGGUUACUCUCUUGUCUACUCGUCUCCUGUCCUGCCAAAGUUUAAGAGUCCUGAAGCUGAGCCUCGGCUCAGGAUGGACACAGAGCAGGCUGCCUGGUUUGGAUCCAUCUAUUCCCUCGGAGCAGUGGCCGGCGGGCUGGGGGCCAUGCUGCUCAAUGACCUGAUUGGGCGGAAGCUGAGCAUCAUGAUGUCAGCCGUGCCCUCCACUGUUGGGUACAUGCUGAUGGGGGGAGCUGUGGACUUGUGGAUGCUCCACUUGGGACGGUUUCUGACAGGUGUUGCCGGGGGGAUGACUGCAGCAUCAAUUCCAGUUUACAUUUCAGAGAUCUCCCACAAAGAGGUGAGAGGAGCCCUUGGCUCCUGUCCUCAGAUCACAGCUGUGUUUGGGACCCUGACGCUCUAUAUUCUUGGUCUAGUGGUACCAUGGCGAUGGUUGGCGGUGGCAGGGUCUGUGCCAGCUGUGCUGAUGGUUGUGUUGCUGGUCUUUAUGCCCUCCUCACCCAGGAGGCUCCUCUCUCUUGGCCGAGAGCUGCAGGCGGAGAAGGCUCUCCGCUGGCUUCGUGGACCUGAUUAUGACACACAAACUGAGCUCCGUGCCAUUCAGCACAGCAUCAACACACAGGUUAAACUCACAUGGUCUCAGCUGGCUAAACCCAUCUACUACCGGCCCAUCUUGAUUUCAGUGGUGAUGCGUUUUCUACAGCAGAUGACGGGCGUCACACCAAUUCUAGUCUACCUGGAACCCAUCUUUGCUAAGAGCAAAGUCUCCUUGGAGCCCAGAUACGAUGCCGCCAUUGUGGGUGCUGUCCGCCUGUGUGCUGUUGCUAUUGCAGCCUUUUUGAUGGAUAAAGCAGGACGCAAAGCACUGCUGUACACUUCAAGCAUGCUGAUGUUUGCGUCCACUCUGACUUUGACCAUGAUCUCCCACACCACACCAUGUACUCCAGGUCCUCUAAACCACACAGCUCUGGACUUCAUCUCCCAUAAGGACUUGGGCACCACUUUACAGGCCAGCCAACAAACUGCUACAAGCCUCAUUCCUCUCAUUAGUACUGUUGUGUUUAUCUUUGGAUACGCCAUGGGAUGGGGCCCAAUUACAUGGCUGCUGAUGUCAGAGGUCCUCCCACUUGUUGCCAGGGGCAAGGCUUCGGGACUGUGCGUCACUGUCAGCUGGUUGACGGCCUUUGUGCUCACACAUGCCUUCACUCACCUGGUGGAUAGUUACGGCCUGUAUGUGCCCUACCUGCUUUUCACCGUGGUGUGUGUCCUCUGCCUACUGUUCAACGCUGUGUGUAUCCCAGAGACUCGUGGCCGCUCGCUGGAAGAAAUUGAGAACUAUUUCAGAACAGGACGCUCAUUCACAAUCAGACAUUCUGAUACACAGUCCAGUUGAAACCUACAGAUAAGUUUUUGUUGUUUAAACUAAAAGAAAUGAAAGACUAAUUCUAAAAGAUUACUUUCAAUAAUAAUAAAACAAUAUUAAUCGUUAGUAAUCAAACACUGAGGUCAGGAAGCAAAUCUCAGCUGCUGAUCUUUCAUGCAGGUCAGAGUAAAUACAGAUGACUUACAGCAUAUUUGUUCAGCCUAUAGUUAGGUCACACAUCUAAUACAAAUAGUCUAAACACUUUUAUUCUUUCUUUCAACCAUGGCAACAGACAUUCACCUGCAUUUAGCUGGAGGGUUGUCAUGCACGGCUCAGACACCGUUAAGGUCAAUGUAACCACUGAUGUGUGCAAACUAAGGCACAAACUAAUGUAACAAUGGCUGAAAUUGAACAAACAUCUUAAACGCAGCCUUGGUAGUGAAAGCUUAGCAGUGUUGUUUGAAGUCAAAUUGAUUUAUUGCUCUACUUGAACAACAUGCCAUUGUUUUACAAUAACACACCAGAACAUCCUCUUUUUGGGUUACCAUGCUACAUACUUUACAAGCACUUUAUUAAGUUGUGAUUUGCACUUGUGUGCCACACACUGUCAGCUCAUGGAAGUACUGUAUACAACAAUGAACCAACUACUGUAUGUACUAAAAUAUUUUACAAUGUUCUUUUUUUGUAUUAUUCCUUUUUGAAUACCUAACAAAAUAUCUAUUAAAGCUGUUAAAUCAUAGUUUACUUAACAGUUCAUAACUGAUUUAUGUACAAAGGCUUUACAUAAAAAUGUAUUGCAAAUAAAUGUGAACUUACCAUAUACAGUUAUCUCAGACAGAUGAUUAAAAAAAACUGGUUCAUCAGAGGAUUGAUACUAAUGCAAACGGGCUAAGCAAGCUUAGCAAGAAACUUUCAGUGUCACGGGAUCGACUCUGAUUCGGCCAACGUGGAGUCCAGUGAUUCCUUGUUUUUCUAACUAUGCAGAACUGUCUGUUGCCAAAUCUCAGAAGUCAAAUAAUACAUAGAGUGACUGGUUUAAGAUGUAAAAUGCACAUGCAGUUGUACAUGUGAUGUUUUGUAAACAUUUAAGACACUAAAACUAAAGCUUUAUUGGUUUAAAAACUAAUAUGAUGAAUAAACAAGAAGCAGACUGAAACGUCCUGGAGCUUUUAAAAUAA